AUGACUGAGGAUAUCUAUGCCAAACCAGACUUCACCAAAAAAAUUAGAUUUCAAACAGACGUGAAGGAGGACAGAAACCCAGACGUCCAUCAUGACAUCGACGAUGUGAGGAUUUAUGACAACUACUGUGCAGAAGAGAUUACCCCACCGGAAAAAUCACAGGACAACACUACCAAGGAGCAACAGCAAACCGCUUCAGUCGAUGUCAGUUCAGAAAAGAGAAGUGUGUUCAGAGCCGGUGCAGUGCUUCUGGGGCUGCUGUGUCUUCUCCUUCUGGCGGCGGUCAUUAUCCUGGUGGUCCUAUUUAUUCUAGAGAGAAAUGGACAGUGGGUGGAAAAUGCCAACCUGAACGGCGAGAGAGACAAACUACGGACGAGUUACAGCGAAAUGAAAGGCCUCUAUCACAACCUGACCCUAAAGGCAAACCAGUUGGAGAACGAGAAAGACCAUUUGGAGGCUGCGAACAACAACCUCAUCAAAGAGAGAGAUGAACUGCAAAAACUGGUGGAUGAGACAACAUCUUGCUGUACGUGGAAAAGGUUUGGCAACAGUUGUUAUUUCACAUCUACCUCAAUGGCAAACUGGAGUGUCAGCAACACGGCCUGUCAACUUUAUGAUGCACAGCUGGUGAUCAUAUCAAGCGAUGAGGAACAGAUGUUUAUCACAUCGUUCGAACAGAAUAGAUGGAUUGGUCUGACUGAUAGAGAGACCGAGGGUGUUUGGAAAUGGGUUGAUGGAACGGAUCUGAACAAAACGUACUGGAAACCCAAACAGCCGGAUAAUCAUAAUAACAACGAAGACUGUGUUCAUAUGUCAGCAUCUUCAGACAUGAACAACUGGAAUGAUAUGACCUGUGAUACAGAACUUUACUUUACCUGUGAGAAAGUACAUGAAUAAAAUGUUCUGCCUUUCUUGUCUUCUGACCACUCAAAGUGCAUGUCAACAUUCACACAAACAUUCACACAUUGAUGGCCGAGGCUGCCAUGCAAGUUACCACCUGCCCAUCAGUUCUAAACUUACCUGCACACACACACGGAUGGCAAAGAUUCAGGAGCAAUUUGAGGUUCAACGUCUUACCGAUUAGGGGAUUGGUAGCUCUACUAAUCAGCCAAGGCCCACCCCAUUAUUUAUUAUUGUGCAUUCUUUAACUGGUUGCAGAUUUGUUUUGCUCUCUCAUAUGUAAAAUGUCAAUACUGUACAUUCACCUCCUCUUGAUGUACAAAAAAGUCUCUGAGCUCAAUUUCAAUAAUAAUGAAUUGAUUCAUUAUUUGUUACCGCUGUAAUGUAAUAAAAAAUUAUGCGUAUACAAA